ACUCAAACCGUUGCGUAUCAUCCCACAGAGAGAGAGAGCGAACCACCUGAAGGGGCAGAGAGCGUCAGACAAAAACUGAAGGAUUCACUUUCAGACUUAGUUGGGUUAUGUUCAUCUUACCAAGCUCAAUCUUGAUUUACCACCUUUUGUUUUUCGUUUUUUGAACUAUGUGAAACAUUGAUCUUGAAGAAAGCAAGAGAACGAAUUACAGUGUUUGGUGAAAGAUGAAGUUUUGUAAAAAAUACCAGGAGUACAUGCAAGGCCAGGAUAAAAAACUGCCUGGGCUUGGCUUCAAGAAGCUAAAGAAGAUGUUGAAGAAUUGCCGGAGCGAUCUUCAGUCUGGCAAUGGCAUUGACGGGGUCCAUGACAGCCAAACAUGUCCUGACCAUUGCCCGGUGUGCGAUGGAACGUUCUUUCCUUCUCUUCUCAAGGAAAUGUCUGCAGUAGUAGGUUGCUUCAAUGAGCGUGCACAGAAAUUGCUUGAGCUGCAUCUUGCUUCUGGCUUUCGGAAGUACAUUAUUUGGUUCAAAGGCAAGCUACAAAAGAAUCAUGGCACCUUAAUCCAAGAAGGAAAGGACCUUGUUACUUAUGCACUGAUCAAUGCCAUUGCAAUAAGAAAAAUUCUGAAGAAAUAUGAUAAAAUUCAUUACUCUAAGCAAGGUCAGGCCUUCAAGUCACAAGCACAAAGCAUGCAUAUUGAAAUUCUUCAGAGUCCCUGGCUCUGUGAGCUCAUGGCUUUCCACAUCAAUCUAAGGGAAAGCAAGAUCAAAUCUAGGAAGGCACCAACAUUGUUUGAGGGCUGCAACCUCACAUUUAAUGAUGGCAAACCAUCACUUACUUGUGAGCUCUUUGAUUCAGUCAAAGUUGAUAUUGAUUUGACUUGUUCUAUAUGCUUGGAUACAGUCUUUGAUGCGGUUUCCCUCACAUGUGGCCAUAUAUUCUGCUACAUGUGUGCUUGCUCGGCCGCAGGAGUGACUAUUGUGGAUGGACUGAAGGCAGCAGAGUCUAAAGCCAAAUGCCCUCUUUGCCGAGAGGCCAGAGUUUAUGAAGGUGCUGUACACCUGGACGAGCUUAAUAUUCUAUUGAGCAGAAGCUGCAGGGAAUACUGGGAGGAGCGGCUUCAGACAGAAAGAAUAGAGAGGCUUCGGCAGUCGAAAGAGCACUGGGAGAACCAAUGUCGGGCGUUUAUGGGGGUUUAAUUAGGCAAUUUCAUUCCUAGUGCUAGAUAUAGAAUCAGCAUCAACGAUGCAUCCUGUUUGUGUUUAUUUUCUUCUUUCUUUUUCUUUUUGUAUAGUCCGUUUGUUUCAACUCAGUAUAUAUAACAGUGAUUUGAUUGAUUGCAA